CCGAGAAGACUCGGUUAAAGAGGUGUCUCACCCUCGGGUGCUGAGCUUCUCUCUUAUACGGAGACGAGACGCCGGCGCGCUCACAACGCAGAGGACGUAACCGCAGCUCCUUUUUAUUGGUCGGGAGGUCUCGUGCGUUGCAGGACACGCAGAAGUGGAUAUUCAAGUGUUUGGAUUUAUCUCCGUUUUUUUUACAUUUAAAAAAAUAUAUUUUUGUUCAAUCACCACUUGGGUUUUGUUUUACAUGCCAAAGCUGAGGGAACACACGGGAACACGACGCGCGUUCACGCGAAGCUUUAACGUUCUCGCCACAAUAAUUGGUUAUCGGAUGGACCAGCACCCCAGCGCCCGGAGCUGCACCAGUCGCGGGGCUUCGUCCUGUGAGGCCGUCCCGACGGAGCCCUCCAUGAAUCUGUACAUCCACUCCACCACCGGCACACGCUUCGAGCUCUCCCUGCCCCAGGAGGAGACCGUGGACGGACUGAAGAGGAGGCUGUCGCAGCGACUCAAAGUGCCGCGCGAGAGACUCGCGCUGCUGCACAAAGAAACGCGACUCAGUUCAGGCAAACUCCAGGACCUCGGCAUCUCCGAUGGGAGCAAGUUAACACUUGUACCGACAGUCGAAGCAGGAUUAAUGUCUCAAGCAUCAAGACCCGAGCAGUCAGUAAUGCAAGCCUUGGAGAGUCUCACGGAAACCCAGGUCAGUGACUUCCUGUCCGGCCGCUCCCCCCUCACCCUGGCGCUGCGCGUCGGGGACCACAUGAUGUUCGUCCAGCUCCAGUUGGCGGCGCAGCAGUCCGGCGGUCCCCAGCUCCAGCACAGACACCUCAUCCACCCGGGGCGGCGCGAGACCGCAGCGGGGGCGGUGCCCACGGGGGCGCAGCCCACUCGCGUUCCCCCACCCCCAACAACCCCUCAUCCACACGGCCACCCCGGCACCCACCUGCACCAGGUCCCUUCCUCCCCUUCUUCCCGAGUCUCCCUUCCUUCACCGCUGCCCUCCACACACCACCAGCCGCUGCCCCCGAUGUACCACCAGUCGCCCUCCCCGCUCACUUGUAGCCCCCCGACAACCGACAGCCCCACUCCCCUCACCCGUCCAGCGUCCCCGGAGGUCUCAUUCCGCUCUCCGGCCAGUCAGCACCAUCACCACCACCACUACCAACAGCCUUCCUCAAGCCAGCCCGGCCACGACGUCCAGCCCCACCAGCCCUAGCAGCCCCCACUAGCCCCCAGUGGCCCCAGUGGUCCCAGCAGCCCCAGCGGCGCUAGCAGUCCCUCGACGCGCUCCCGCAAACCCGGUGCCAUCAUUGAGAGCUUCGUCAACCACGCCCCCGGAGUCUUCUCAGGGACCUUUUCAGGCACUUUGCACCCCAACUGCCAGGACAGCAGCGGGCGCCCCAGACGCGACAUCGGUACCAUCCUGCAGAUCCUCAACGACCUCCUGAGCGCCACGCGCCACUACCAGGGCAUGCCCCCCUCCCUCACCCAGCUCCGCUACCAGACCCAGUGCGGUUCGCCCGCCUCCCCGUCCCCGUCGCCGCCUCCCUCGCCGCAAGUCGGCAUGACGGGCCUCUCCGCCAAAGCUACCUCCGUGCCCGCCAGCAGCCCGAUCGUCCCGCCGCCGACUCUUCAUCCGCUGGUGCAGUGCCAGAGUCAGAUCCGCAUGUGCAAACCCCCCGGUGACCGCGUUCGUCAGACGGAGAACCGGGCGACCCGCUGCAAGGUGGAGCGCCUGCAGGUGCUGAUGCAGCAGAAGCGCCUGCGCCGAAAGGCCCGGCGGGACCAGCGGGCCCCGUACCAGUGGCUGCCCAACCGGAAGGCCGGACGCAGCAACAGCAACAGCAGCAUGUCCAGCGAGGGCUCCAUGGACCUGGACUUUGACGACUCGGUGUGGAAGCCCGACGUCAAGACCGACUUGAAGUCUGAGUUCGUCAUGGCCUGAAAAGCCGAUAGCGUCCGAUCCCGCGGGCGUGGCGGCGGCGGCGGCGGCAGGGGGGGGGAGGAGUCAGAUUCCGACCGCGCGUCAAAAAAAAAAAGAAGCGUUCGCUCGGGAUUCACUUAGAGAUUUAUUUGGAGGGAGCGGAUUGGGCAGGAGGGGGGGGACGCGGGACAGCGCAUCGAGGAAAUCAAAGUGGCCCUCGUGGCUCCCUCCUGGCAGACUUAACCCCCCCCCCCCCUUCACAGUUGACGGCAUCAACUUUCUUUUGACGCUUGGAUUUGGGGAUCCGACAGUGACUUCUUACAGAGACGAUACCUGGCCUUGAGCGGAGCAGGAUUCAGUGGGUGGUGGUGGUGGUGGUGGUGGUGGUGGU